GAUGCACAGACGAUCACGUCUUUGAAACGACAACUGUUGAAGUUGGAGAUGAUGUGACUUUGAAUUGUACUCGCCAGACAUCUGACUUGAGGGAAACCUUGUUUUGGAUCAGGCUUGUUUCUGGAAAAACACCUGAAUUCUUGGGAGGAACAUAUGCCUUUGAUUAUGAAGGUGUUAACAAGACUCCUCACAUUACAGCAAAACAAGAGCCUGGAUCAUUUAUUCUGCAUAUUCAUGAGACAAAACUGAGUGAUACUGGACUUUACUACUGUUUAAAAGUAAAUCUACUGGACAUGACAUUUUCCAAAUCAGCACUUCUGAGAGUUAAAGGGCCUGAUAUCACUGCCGUCACUCAAGACUUUCCAUCUGAUCCAGUCCGUCCAAGAGACUCAGUGACUCUGCAGUGUUCAGUCCUCUCUGACUCUGAGAAGAAAACAUGUCCAGAAGAACACAGAGUUUAUUGGUUCAGAGCCGCAUCAGAUGAAUCUCAUCCCAGUGUCAUUUAUACCCAAGGAAACAGUAGUGAUGGAUGUGAGAAGAGUCCUGAAGCUCACUCUCUUCAGAAAUGUAUCUACAGCUUCUCUAAGGACGUCAGCUCCUCUGAUGCCGCGACUUAUUACUGUGCUGUGGCCACAUGUGGAGAGAUAUUAUUUGGAAAUGGAGCAAAACUGGACAUUCAAGGAACCAGUACGUGCUCACAGGAUGCAGUUGCAGUUAUUUUUCUUCUGUUGGCUGUGUUGGCUAUAAGUCUGAUUGUUGUAGCUGUCCUCACCUACGCCAUGAAGAAGAAAGAGAAUGAUUGUUACAGUGCUGCUGUUGCCAUGCAGAGAAACAGUGGUGGUCGGAAAAGUCAACAGAGAGAUGAGGACACACCGGUUUAUUCUGCUGUCGUCUUCACCGUGAUGAAAACUGGCAGUGGUGCAAUAAAGGAUUCAAGAGCAGCAGAGAGACAGAGGAUCUACGCUGCUGUCAAGGCUUUUGGGUUGGAUUAG